AUGAGAAAUGAAGAUUUAAAACAAAAGAGAAAAGAUGAUAAGAGAUCCGAGCAUUGGUGGGAAGAACCUAUAGAAGGAUUCAACUUACGCCAGCUCAUUGAAUUCAAAUGUGGUUUGGAAAAUUUUAAAAAGACAAUGACAGCUGAAGCCUUCAAAUAUUUUCAAGCAACUGGUCAUAACUUCUAUUUUGGAAGUUCUAGUAAUGCUGCUCUUGGGAUUUUUGAUUAUGAUGGUAAUACCAGUAGUGAUUUGGACCUAUUUAAUCAUCGAAGAAUGGUGGGUUUGAACACGUUCUCGUGCAAUCAUCAAAACAUGGUCAUUCCUCAUCCUUCUACAAUACCAUCUGGGAAUAAUGUUAUUGAAAGGUUUGCUCCAGAAAACAAUGAAAGCCAUAACCAAUAUCGUCUUAAGCAGGAACCUUCUUCCGAAUGUGACCAUCAACCUGAUCAUCCUCCUCAGUUUUGA